AUGGCAAAGUCAAAGCCAACUCCGGCACCACCAUCUGGGUGUGCGUCCCAAGAGUUCAGCGAGACGGAUCUUCUCGGAAACAUCAUUGAAGGUGCUGGUGGAAAAUAUAAUAGAGAACAGAGCAGGAGUCUGCUGGAGCCCUUGGUGGAGGGUCUCCUGAGAGGGAACAAGUUCUUGCUGGUGUUGGAUGAUGUUUGGGAUGCUCGGAUCUGGGACGACUUGCUCCGCAAUCCUUUGCAGGGAGGAGCAGCAGGCAGCAGGGUGCUGGUGACCACCAGAAACGAAGGGAUCGCGACGGCCCACGUCCACGAGAUGAAGCUGUUGCCUCCGGAGGAUGGCUGGUCCCUCCUGUGCAAGAAAGCGACUAUGAAUGCAGAGGAGGAAAGGGAUGCCCAAGAUCUCAAGGACAUAGGCAUGAAGAUUGUUGAGAAAUGA